ACGGUCUCAAGAAAUUCUUACGAGGAAUUUCUUUCGACCUAGAAUUAGACAUACUGCGUGCAAUAGCCUGCCUUCGAAUGCACGCUCGCCUCCACACCGCACCGCCCCAAACCACAGACCCAUUGUCCUCUUUCCUCAAUCAGCUCCCGCAAUCGAAACCAACUCCAGUCCGCCGCAUCCAACAGCUGCAAACGGCAUGGCUAGUUGUGUGCAUAAUAUUAGCAAAACUCGACGCCCAUCAACUCCCUGGCCCUCAACUGGAUCAAUCCUCUACCUGCAGCAAGCUGGCAUGUCUUCCCCUGGACGCUAUGUUCAAAUUAAGACGUAUUAUAAAGUCCAAACUU